CCGUCCUCAGCUCACGAUCUCUCCUCACGCUACCCCGAGGCUACCUCCGCCCGCGUAGCCCCGACCAUGGCUCUGUAGCCGCCACCCCUCCGCGCCCACGGGCCCCUCUCCGCGCUCACCGCGCCUGCGCUCUCCGCUCCCGCCUUCCUUCUUCAGCCGAGGCCGCCGCCGCCUCUCCUCUCCGCAGCCAUGGAGUCCUCCACUUCCGCCUUGGUGCCUGUCUUCGCCCAGCUGAGCAACGUCCAGAGCCUCCUCCCUGCUGUCGGUGCAGCCUCCUUCGUUGCCAUCCGUGCCCAGCACCUGUGUUGCUGCUAUGUCACUCCUGGCGACCCUGGGGCUGGAGCUGGACAGGGCCCUGCUCCCAGCUGGCGGGCUGGGCUGGCUUGUAGACUAUGGGAAACUCCCCCUGGCCCCUGCCCCCCUGGGGCCCUAUGAGGUCCUUGGGGGAGCCCUGGAGGGCGGGCUUCCAGCGGGGGGAGAGCCCCUGGCAGGUGACGGCUUCUCUGACUGGAUGACUGAGCGGGUUGACUUUACAGCCCUCCUCCCUCUGGAGCCCCCCUUACCCCCAGGAGCCCUCCCCCCACCUUCCCCACCCCCACCUGACCUGGAAGCCAUGGCCUCCCUCCUCAAGAAGGAGCUGGAGCAGAUGGAAGACUUCUUCCUUGAUGCCCCACUCCUCCCACCAUCCUCCCCACCACCGCCGCCGCCGCCACCACCACCGCCACCACCACCACCAGCACCCUCCCUGCCCCUCCCCCUCCCCACCUUUGACCUCCCUCAGCCCCCUGCCCUGGACACCCUUGACUUGCUGGCCAUCUACUGCCGCAGUGAGGCCGGGCAGGGCGACUCGGGGUUGGCGCCCCUGCCUCCCCCACAGCAGCCCCCUCCUCCUCCACCUCAACCCUCUCGCGCGGCCCCCUACCCCCAUCCUGCCGCCACCCGAGGGGACCGCAAGCAAAAGAAGAGAGACCAGAACAAGUCGGCAGCUCUGAGGUACCGCCAGAGGAAGCGGGCAGAGGGCGAGGCCCUGGAGGGCGAGUGCCAGGGGCUGGAGGCGCGGAACCGGGAGCUGAGGGAGAGGGCUGAGUCGGUGGAGCGGGAGAUCCAGUACGUCAAGGAUCUGCUCAUCGAAGUGUACAAGGCUCGAAGCCAGAGGACCCGCAGCAGCUAGCCGGGCAGGGGCUUUGGGCGGUAGGGGGCGCUGGUCCUCAGCUCUGGGUCACUUCUGUUUUCUGGAGCUGAGGAGGGAGGGUCCCUGUCAUCCCCUUGCCUCCACCUUCAUUCCAAACAUCCCUCUCCCCCCGCCCCCCGCUUUUAUCCUUGUCCCCUCUCUUGUCCAUUUUGCUCCCCUCGUCCCUCCCCAGAAUCCUAGAAUGUUUGGCCAUAGGAGUGACGUCUACACUCCUCAAGGAAGAGCUGGGGGGCUGAAGCCCACAGGGGACUCGGGGAGCAGGGCAGAGCUUGGAAACCUGGUCUCCAACAGGGAUGGGAGGGCAGGAAGCUAUGCAGAAUCACUAUGCAAAUGAGGAAGGAGAGCCAUCGGGGCCACAAGGGAGGGUUUGAAGAAUGGCACCCUUGUAAUAAGCAAAAAAAAAAAACAAGCCAAGGGACCUGGGGGAG